AGUGUACCACCUGCUCAGCCCAUCUAGGUCUGUGAAACCACAGCUGAGCCGUGUGGGCUGUGGUGGCGAGGGCGGAGGGCGGAGGGCGGGCAGGGUUGCCAGCGCCCCGCCUGGGCUGGGAACGCCUGUGCGCAGCUCCCUGAGAGCUCAGGGACCACGCGGAGGUUGUAAUUGGUCUCUAGACCACACCUAGUUGUUGAGUGCCGCUGCUUGAAAAUCUCAGUUCUGCCGAGAUCGCGGAGUACACACAAGCUACCUUUGGGCACCAGGGCAGAAAGGGAACAGCGGAGCUUCUGGGUGGAAGAGUCUGGAAACUUUGCCAAGUAAGUGAGAUGGGAGAGAGGGAAGCCAGUGCCUGGCACUGCGGGGAGUAGCUGGGCAGGGCAGCAGUGGCGGUGCGGUAGGGUUCCUACUGUCUGAUGAGCUGGUGUGGGGUUCUUACUGUCUGAUGCCGUCUCUGGUGGAAGUUAGCAGCGAGGGGGCAGAUGCAUAGAGCACGGUAGGGGAGGCGAGCCCAGGAUCGGAUUGAUGCCCACCCACCACCUGGCACCCUGCAGUCCUGGCUGGCCAGGAGACAAGCAUGCUGGACCACAAAGCAAAGAUCCUCCGACUCUGCUGCUGGCAAGCCUUGGGGCCAGGGAACUCAUAGAAGGGCAGGUUUGGGCCCGUGCCUUCCUCCUGCCCAGAUGGGUCUCUCUCCCCUUCCCCUUCCAGCCAGGGCCGCAGCUGGGGCUGCAGCUUGAGUGACGGGAAAAGAAAGCUUUACUUUACCAGCCCAUUAGCGGCACAAACAGCAUUAAAAAUGCAGGAGGUGGCGGGAAGAGAGGGCCGGGAGGAAGACUCGUGCAGCAGCGAGGCGCGGGGAAGAGCCGGGUUCUGCCUCCUCAGCCUAGAUCAGAGCCGAAGAACGAGGGCAGUCUGGGUUGAGAAGGAGUCUCCAGUGUAACCAAGAAGCGAGCGUCCAGGAGGCUGCUGGGGAGGCUGGUACUGUGGGCUUCCCUAGCCUUCGUUUGCUGUUUCGAGGGCCAGGACCUCGUGUGUUCCCGUCCGCCCCUCUGGACGGCGCCAGCCUCAAAGCUGCCGACCGUCCCGGGGCUCCUGCGCAGCGCGAUGCCGGCCUCGUCCACCGUCCACGUGCUGCAGCUGCUGCGGGAGCUGCUCGCCUUCGUGCUCCUCAGCUACACGGUGCUCAUCGGGGCGCUGCUGCUGGCCGGCUGGACCACCUACUUCCUGGUGCUGAAGUGACAGCGCCGCCGCCGCGCCCCGCCCCUCCGCUCGCCGGACCCAACUCACCGCGGAUCUCCCCUCAAGUCCGGGAGCCGAGGCCCCGCCCACCCCCCAGCGCCGCGGCGCCCGACUCAGCUCUGCGCCCUCAGGCCCUGCGUAUGCCCCGCCCCGCGCGGAAGCUCCGGCAGUUGGUUGCCUGGCGCGGCCGUUACGACCGUUGCCCUAAGCCCCGCCCUCUCCCCAUCUGCCCUAUCCCGACUACUUCCUUGGGUGGGGGCGUGGCCAUGGGGCGAUGCUCUCUCAGGUGGAGGCCGCGCCCCGCCCCGCAUUCACGAAGCUACGUCGCUUCCGGCGUGUGCGUCCGGCGUCCGCCCGCCGCGGGAUGGCGGCUCUGAGGAGUUGGCUGUCGCGCAGCGUAACCUCGCUGUUCAGGUACAGACAGUGUGUUCCUGUCGUGGCUAACUUUAAGAAGCGUUGUUUCUCAGAAUUGAUAAGGCCAUGGCACAAAACGGUGGCAGUUGGCUUUGGAGUAACCCUGUGUGCGGUUCCUAUGGCACAGAAAUCGGAGCCUCAUUCCCUUAGUAAUGAAGCAUUGAUGAGGAGGGCGGUGUCUUUGGUAACAGAUAGCACCUCUACCUUUCUCUCUCAGACCACAUAUGCGUUGAUUGAAGCUAUUACUGACUAUACUAAGGCUGUUUAUACCUUAGUUUCUCUUUACCGACAAUAUACAAGUUUACUUGGGAAAAUGAAUUCACAGGAGGAAGAUGAAGUGUGGCAGGUGAUCAUAGGAGCCAGAGUUGAGAUGACUUCAAAACAACAAGAAUACUUGAAGCUGGAAACCACUUGGAUGACUGCAGUUGGUCUUUCAGAGAUGGCAGCAGAAGCUGCAUAUCAAACUGGCGCAGAUCAGGCCUCUAUAACCGCCAGGAAUCACAUUCAGUUGGUGAAACUGCAGGUGCAGGAGGUGCGCCAGCUCUCCCAGAAAGCAGAAACCAAGUUGGCAGAAGCACAAAUAAAAGAGCUCCGUCAGAAAAUGCAGGAGGAAGGGGACGAGCAGGCGGAGACAGAGCAGGAAGCCUACCUGCGUGAGGAUUGAGGCCUGAGCCUACUGCCCUGUCUCCCCACUCAGUGGAGAAAGCAGGGGCAGACGCCAUCCUGCCCAGAGUUGGCAUGACUGUCUGCACUGAGAAGAGGCAGCAGGUCCGGCUCUGGCCAAUCAGGCAGAAUGCCUCUGUGAGCCAUCAGUGCUCCUCCUGUGGUCUCAGGCUUGCACUGGACCUCUUGGGCACCGCACCCUCUUUAACAUUUCAUCCCACUCUUCAGCUGCUCUCUUACCCACCCAUCUUUUUACCUCACACCCAAAGCAUUUUGCCAACCUGGGUUAGAUAGAGGAAUCCUUUUUGUCAUGCCCUUAAGUUCAGUAGCUAUUUAACCUGUUUUUAUUGUGAAAAUGAUUUAGUGUUUGUUCCUCUGUUGGGAUGCGCGUUGUGGCAGGGGGCGGGAAGCCUGUCCAGUUUGUACGACUGAAGUGUUUCUAAUGUGUUUUCUGAUUUGCCCCCACUGCCCUGUGAGGACAGCUCAGGCCAAGCAGUGAAAAAUCUAUUACUACUAAGGAAAGGGAUGCAGAGUGUUUACCUGGUACUCUCAACAGGACUCUUCCUAACACA